AUGUUAAUCAAAAUAAUCUUGGCUUUGGUGCACAUUGGCUUUUCAGUGGUUUUCGACGUUUCUGAGUACAAAAUGCCCCUUUAUGUGUUGUCAGCCAUUUUAACAAUGAUUGGGAUCUACAAUUCAAACAAAGAGUUCGGAUUCUUAUUAUAUACCUUUAUCACAUUCAUCAAUACAUUUAUCAAAGGAUUUGUCCUCGAAGUAAGUAUAUUACUAUUUGUAGAUGUAUUUGCAUAAUAGACAUUCGUUGCUUGAUCCAAAAUCAUUGAAAUUGGCAUUAUAUGUGUUCAUUAUAACAAUAGUUUUGGGAAAUCCUUUUGUAAUAAAGAGAAUCUCAAGUUUUCUUGAUUCUCAUUACACUUUAAAAUUUGGAUUGAAUUUGUCUGACAAGGUUUCCUAAUGUAUUACGCUAUCAAAUUGUUAUCACCAUGUUUUAAGUCAGCCAAAUCCAAGUCUGGUUGAAUUGGCAGUGAUCACUACAGUUGGAUUUUCAAUAACGAAUUUAGUGAUCUAUUUUGGAUUGUUGGAAUCGAAAUCGCAAGGAGAAUCAAUUAAGAUUAUGCGAUAAUCAACAAUAGACAAUUUCAUCACAUAUUCGUUUGCAAUAGCAAAUGUGUAUGCCUGGAAUUUCCACUUGAAGCCUCAACUCAGUGUUUAGUCCAAUAAUGUGAACGACAUAAGAAUAGCAGUCAGUGUUUCAUUCAUUGUGAUUUAUAGUAAAAUAUAAUUCAACUAUGAAUAGCAUUAUUGUCCAUGUUGCAUAGCACACAUUAGAAAAAGGAUAAAAAAGAAUGAUGAGGAAUAAAUAAUAUAUUAUUUUCG